AAUCAAUACAACAAACAUGGAAACUGAGCCUGCUGGCGUUCAGCUUUUGAGAGACGCUUGUAAAAAAAGAGGUGUAAAUGGCAUUAGAAGCUUAUCUAGAACAUUUAGAAUCUAUGAUGACGAUGGCAGCAAAUAUUUGAGUAGAGAAGAAUUUGGAAAGGGAAUACACGACUAUGGAGUCAACAUUAGCGAGGGAGACAUCACUGAGAUGUUUUCAUAUUUCGAUAAGGAUAAAAGUGGUCACAUCAGUGUUAACGAAUUCAUUGAAAAAAUCAGGCCUAACAUGAGUGAUGGCAGGAUCAAAUUGAUUGAGAAAGCUUUCCAAAAACUAGAUGUUACUGGUGAUGGAGUUAUUACUAUAGAGGAUUUAAAGAGACAAUAUGAGUAUAAAAAGCAUCCAAAGUACAUAUCGGGAGAGUGGAGUGCAAACAGAGUCUAUAAAGAAUUCUUAAAUAAUUUUCAACAAGGAGGUGUUCUGGAUGAGACAGUAACAUGGAAAGAAUUCCUCGACUACUACAGAGGUAUAAGUUCCAAUUUCGACAAGGAUAUCCAGUUCGAUUUAAUGAUGAGAAAUUGCUGGAAGUUGUAAAAGAACCAUUUAGGAAUACUUUUGAUUGAUUUUCAUACAUUUCGUAAUGAAUCACAAAAAAAGGGAUAAUAUAGAAAUCUUAAUAAUCAAUAAGGAAAAUCUUUAAUUGAAUAUUUAAAAAAAAAAUCCAAAAAAGAAAAAAGUUUAAAAAAAAACAAAGCUUAUUACGUAAUAAUUUUGAAAAGAGAAAGUACACUGAUCAUAUAUUAAAUUUUCUUACAAUAACUUCUUUAGAAAGCUAACAUGGGGCACUUAGAGUUUAUUUCUUUUAGGCUUAAAUAUAUCUUUUAUUAUAUUAUAAUGUAUUUCUAACAACUGUGCUAUGCUCUUAUUUUAUUCACAUUUUUUUCUAAUUCUAGCUGUCACUUUGUAUGAACUUCGUAAAUACAAUAUAUUUCUCGGUUAAAGGACAUAUGACAAUAUAUCUUUAUUGCUUGAUAUAAUAUACAGUAUAUCGUAUAUUAUAACUAUUGGUUACCAAGGGAAAUCUUCUUCUCUAUUUAAUCUAAAUAAAUUACUAUUCAAGUAUAUAGAUUUGGCAA